AUGGGAAGAGGAAAUCCUUCAAGCAAGCAAGGAGUUACUGAGCUCUCGGCCCCUACAGAUGUCCAACCAAGUGCCAAAGCGGCUCCCCCGAAACAACAGGCUAAAGAAGUAGGGGAGACAACGACAGAGAUAGUGCUGAUCACUGUUAGUAAUGAAUCAGAGGGAAUGUCUCCCCUUUGGCUUCCUUCUCCCACUCUUCCCAUGCAUCCCAGAUAUCCUUCCAUCAUCGGCACCCCCAUCAUCAAUAUAGGUGGGCCCGAGUUUGGGGAACUCUAUGAAAUCCUUGGUGUUGGCGAAGGGUCUCUAAGAAGGCACCAGUUAGUGCUCAGCGCUGAAGAGCUCGAAGGCGACCUAGGCAAGGCGGCUAGACCCAAGGACCACUAG